GGAGCGAGUCCAACAGCCAGCCAGCCAGCCAGCCAGCCACACUCGAUUGUCCGGCAACUACGUACCAUGCAAUUAAAGACAGGCAGCUACGGCGAUUUGGACGACGUAGACGCAUGCAUGCAAUUAAAGAGAAAUAGAGUUCUUUCUCUUCCACAUUGAAUUUCCCGCUCAAUGUUUUAAGCGGAAAAAUACUUAAUAAAAAGGAACGACCAACGGGUCCUCAUCGUGAUCAUCUAGUUUGCCCUGCUUUUCUGAAAUUGCUGCUUUCAUUAGCAUCCCAAAAAGAUUGGCACAAAGUUUAAUUCUUGCGCCAGAUCGAGAGCCAGCCGAAGAGCAGUUCUGACUUGACGUUUGAUUCUUGCGGCCGCCGCGAACUGUUAGCCGUCAGAUUCGACACCACCGCCGCCGCCAGCAGAGAUCCCGGCCAUCGCGUCCGCCAACUUCCUUGUCAGCUAUGGCGGCCGGCGUCGCUGCUGCGGAUGCGGCUAUGGUGGUGGACAGGUCAUUGCAGCCUGUUGCUGAGCAGGCGGCCAUGGAGUCCAUUCGUCAGCAGAAGACCGAUCUCGAUAGAUACCUCUUCUUGCGCGAUCUUCGUGAGAAGGACGAGAACCUGUUCUUCCGACUUUUGAUGACGCACACAGAGGAGCUGUUGCCGCACGUGUACACCCCGACGGUGGGAGAGGCAUGUCAAAAAUAUAGCAAAUUGCCAAUCAAGACACAUGGCAUCAUCAUCACCCCGGCGGACAAGGGUAAGAUUCUGGACAAGCUCAAGGCUUGGCCGGAGAAGGAUAUCAGGGUGAUCGUGGCCACAGAUGGAGAGAGGAUCCUAGGGCUGGGCGAUCUCGGCUACAACGGGAUGGGCAUCAGCGAGGGCAAGAUCUUGCUCUACACGGUGAUUGCAGGGGUAGAUCCGCAAGUGUGUCUGCCCAUGGGCGUCGAUGUGGGUACUAACAACCAGUCGCUGCUGGAUGACCCGGAGUACAAGGGGUUGAGGCAGAGGCGCCUCCGUGGGCCCGAGUAUGAUGAGCUUAUUGAUGAACUCAUGGCUGCUGUGCGCGCCCUCCCCUCUCACGUGCUCUUCCAGUUUGAAGACUUUGGCAACACCACGGCCUUCAAGCAUUUGGUUAAGUACCGGGACGUGCAGUGCUGCUUCAACGAUGAUAUCCAGGGCACGGCUUGCAUCACGCUGGCGGGAAUUCUGUCAGCGCUGAGGGUGACCAAGCAGCCGCUCGGCGCGCAGCAGCGAGUGCUCUUCCACGGCGCGGGAGAGGCGGGGACUGGCAUCGCCGAGCUCAUUGCUAUGGCCAUCGCGAAACGGAACGGGAUCCCGAUCGAAGAAGCGCGUAAAGCGUGCUUCUUCAUGGACUCCAAGGGGCUGGUCUGCAAGUCGCGACUGGCGGAGCUGCAGCACCACAAGAUCCCGUUCGCGCACGACAUCCCAUACCAGCCCUCCCUCGUGGAAGCCGUCAGGGCAAUCCGACCCACGGUGUUGAUUGGCGUGUCGACCUCAGCCGGGGCUUUUACCAAGGAGGUGGUGGAGCUAAUGACCGAGAUAAAUGACAGGCCAGUAAUAUUCCCGCUGUCUAACCCGACGUCCAAAUCGGAGUGCACGUACAAGGACGCUUUCGAAUGGAGCAAGGGGAAGGUGGUGUUUGCCAGCGGCAGUCCCUUCCCUCCUCUCCGGUCUCCUGAGGCAUGGGGAAGGCACCGGAAGGUGAGACUGUGGCAACGAGGUAGGGUGAUAGAGGUAGGGUGUCAAAAUCAGUCUCCGUGUCGGAUCAGCAUUCCAAAACACUUGCGCAGUGCUGGGGGAAAAUUCAGAGGGAAGGCAACAGCGUCGGUCGUUUGUCGAGCCAUGGCAAGCGCAGCGGAAGCAACAGGGGCGUUACAUCGAAACCCCCUUACAAUGGAAGAGAACAAAUCGAGGAUUAGGGAAUCGGUCGGUAGGUGUUACGACGAAGGGGUCUGUCCUGACGACUUACAUCUGGGCGAAGUGGUGGAAGAUGAAGGGGGUAAGCGGUUCGUGGUGAACGAAUUAGUGAACGAGGUAAAAGAUGAAUGGCUUAAAGAGAGGUCAGUUAUAGUAGUGUUUCAGGGGGAAGCACGCACCCUGGCCAGAUCAGUAAAGGAAGAUCUGAUCCGCGCUUACGAGGAUGGAUGGACAGCAAAACGACUCUUCCACCCGGACACGAGACGGGGCAGAGUUAAGUUCGAAGGGGCCAACGUUGCAUCCUAUGUAGCUAAAGCAAAGGUGAUCGUGGAAUGGCUCCUGCAGGAGAGAGAGCUGAAGAUCAAGCUGGGUUCGAAAGAAUACCAGGUACUAUUCAAACCAAGACUAUCUUCGCAAGAGUUACAAGAGGCUAGACUGCAGGAAGCAGAAUCCAGAUUCUGGAUCAUGGCUUUGAGAGUCCCCCUGGAUGCCUACUACUAUCUGAAGAGUGCAGUUAGGGGCAUGUUCGGCGAGGUAGUAGAGAUGCACAAUCCAGAGUAUGACAGAGAUAGGCCCAAGCUCAUGAACGUAAAGUUUGACAUGCCGCCGGAUGCCAGAGGUCGUAUAGACGAUGACCUGAUGAUUGAGUCACCGAAGGGGGAGCGCUUGAGAGUGGACAUAGUCUCCCCUUACACAGACUGGUGUCGUCGGUGCAAGUGGUACUACCACACAGAGGAUAAUUGCCCUCGGUGCCAGAGCGAAGACAGUCGGAGAGGUCUUGGAAGAACCGGGGGUGGGCGAAUGGGUGUCCAGACACAUGGAGAGUUGGGACCGAGCAUAGGCGCACUUCGAGACCAAGGCACAAUGGUUGGAGGGAGGGAUAGCAAUCACCUCAGGAGUUCUGGACGUCAUUUCCAGAAUCCUCGCAAGAGAACGGAACAAGAAGGAAGCGGAUUGCAAAAGAAGGGUAGAGGAGGCGGAGGAACGCAUGGAGGGCCAUCCGAUAUCGAAAGUGGUAUGGGCCGCAGAGAGGGAGAGGAGGCUGAACGAGUGGGACAGGCUUCAAGAGGAGAAACACAAGAGGUGGGCAGAGAUCCUGAAGGUCAAGGGCAUCGAGACCAGCGACAGGUCAACAAAGGAAAAUUUCCAACGGUUGAUGCCUCGACGCACGCAGCAACAAAUGGUGGAGUUGAGACACCCGUCCGGACAGCGCCGACAGCGAGCACUCAUGCAGGCAUGUUACACUAUGCCAAGCUGUACUACAUGGACAUCUUGACCUCCAGAUACCCCCAUCAGAGCGUAAACUUCGAUUUGUCCAGGAACUCAGACAUGUGGGAAGACACUACAGGGAGGCUACAACCUAACGCAAGACUGGAUUUGGAUAGACCACUCAUGGUAGAAGAAGUGAGGCAGACGCUCAAGACAAUGGCCAAGGGGAAGUCCCCGGGCGUGGACGAGCUCACAGUCGAGUUCUACGCAGCCAACUGGAAUGCGUUUGGCCCUGCGCUAGUGAACCUCUAUAACGAGGUCCUGGUGGGGGGAAAGCUGGGCAAGGGGAUGACUCACAAAGUAAUUUCUAUGUUGUUCAAAAAGGGUGACAAAUCGGAGGUACGAAACUGGAGGCCUAUAUCGCUCCUGAAUGUCUCAUACAAGAUGCUAGCGAAGAUACUGGCCCGUAGGCUGUCGAGAUACUUACCGGAGCUAGUGGAAAGAGAUCAGGGAGCAUUUGUCCAAGGGUUCAUAUCCAAGGCGGCGAUGGAUACCCUCUCCUUCCCGCGCCCCAAAGGAGGUUUGGGGCUGUUAGACCCAGCUCGCAGGAACCAGGCCCAGCUGCGUAAUUGGGUAGCCAAGCUGGCCACCCUGGCUUCCAGGGAGCAUUGGGUGGGGAUUGCAGAACGAAUUCUGAUGGCAGAAUGGGGGCUAAGCAGGGCGCAAGAUGUCUGGGACUGUUUCUUUGUCCUGUCUUUCCGCAAGAGAAGAUUCAAGUCCAGCUUUUGGGAACCGAUCAGGAAGGCUUGGAAUCGUCUCCCACCGGACCUGCAAAACCCCCCGAGCACGAAGGAUGAAGUGCUGAAGCAAUUGCUGUUUGAAAAUCCGGAGAUAGUGGAUCAAGAUGGGCAUCCUUUCAAAGUCGAUGGCUCCACAGGCUCCUUUGGUCAAGCUCGGGUCAAGCGGGGCAUAGUCCGGAUUUUGGAUCUGUGGUCUAAGCUGCUGGGAGGGUGGAAGUCACAGGAAGACAUCAAGCAACCGCUCAGAGGUCUACAGAGGGUGGAGGAAAACUGGAGGAAGCUAACCCAAGGCAUACCACAGGAUUGGCGGCUGCAGAUGGGUCCAGAGGGGGUAGACCCGGAAGGGGUAUCGGCAGCUAACGCAAAAGUUGAAGUCCCCAGCGCAAGUGGCCAUUACACGUUGGCAGGCGAUAUGGGAGGAAGAUCUGAUGGGCACAGAUGCUGAAUUCGAGAGGCUAUGGAAGAG